UUCCAUAGUUUUUUAGGUCCUAAUAUAUGGGACACCCUUAAUUUAUGUAUAUCGAUUUCAAACAUAAACCUAUCCAAUGUCAAGCUACAAAAUGAGAUUCAGAUGAUAAUUUUUUUUAGGCCCUCAUGAUUCUAUUUUACUUCCCAAAAAUCCAAUUUUAACCUUUUAAAAAAAUUCGGUUCGCAGAAAUCGAAGUUUUUUUUAAUUCAAAUUCAAGAAAAAAUUGAUAAACAGAAACCAAAAUUUUUAUUGAAGUGCAAAAAAGAAAAUCUAAGUGAUAAAAAGAAUCACGAGAGUCCGAAGAAAAAUUAUCGAUUCAUAUUCCAUGCAAUAAUACAGUAUCGUCGUGCAAUUUUUCAUCAGACUUUACUUCCUCGACGACGCUGAACUUAUAAACGGGAGGGAAGCUCCAUGUAGACACACAAUUAAACGGUACAGUAUCUCUAUCUUCUCGCGGCAAAUAAAAUGAAGUUGAAAAAGCCAGAGGAUAUAUAGAAAAAUGGAGGCACACCUCCAACUUCAACAACCCAAUUCUUCCUCUUUCAUUCAUCAUCACCACUUCAAUUUCAAACCUAAAAAACCUUCAUUUUUUCACUUCCCUCUCAAAAUUUCCAAAACCCACUAUCCCCUUCAAACCCAUUCCCACCAUCCACUUCCAAUUUCCACCCCCCAGUUACACCCCCCUUCCCUUCUCUUCUUCCUCCUCCGUCUUUCUUCUCACCACAACCACACCAACCUCGCCAAAGCCACCCACGCCACCAUCCUCAAACACCAUGAAUUUCAAAACACUCGUCUUUCCACCGCCCUCAUUUCAACUUACAUCAACCUCCGUCUUUUAUCUUACGCCCACCGUCUUUUUCUCUCACUUUCUUCCCCCAAUGUUGUUUCUUACUCUGCAAUCAUCUCCGCUUUCUCCAAAUCGAAUCGCGAAAAACAAGCAUUGUUUAUUUUUCUUCACAUGAUUACUAAUUCAUGUAUUAGCCCAAAUGGUUACACUUAUGUUGCCAUUUUAACUGCUUGCACUCGAAUUCUUAACUUUCAAUUUGGUGUUCAGUUACAUGCUGCGGUUAUCAAAACUGGGUAUUUGAAAUCUGUUUUUGUUUCCAAUGCGCUUGUGGCGUUUUAUUCAAAAUGUGGAUUUUUUCAAUCUGCUUUCAAGGUGUUUGAUGAAAUGCGUGAAAGGGAUAUUGUGUCUUGGAACACUGUUAUGUCGUGUGCGGUUGAUGAGUUUAUGUACGAUGCUGCGUUUCAAUUGUUUCUUGACAUGCAGUUAACUGAUGGGUUGAAAGUUGAUUAUUUUACUUUGUCAACGCUUUUGACUGCAUGUACUGCGAGUGGUGCCUUGAUGGAAGGGAAGCAAGUGCAUGCGCAUGCUGUUAAGGUUGGUUUGGAUGCUGAAUUGAAUGUUGGGAAUGUUCUUAUUGGAUUUUACACCAAUUGUGGAACUAUUGAUGAUGUGGUUUGUUUAUUUGAGAGGAUGAAUGUGAGAGAUGUUAUAACUUGGACCGAGAUAGUAAAGGCGUAUAUGGAGUUUGGUUAUGUGGAUUUGGCGUUGAAGAUUUUUGAUGAAAUGCCGGAGAAGAAUUGUGUGACUUAUAAUGCUAUUUUGUCUGGGUUUUGUGGAAAUGGUGAGGGUUUAAAGGCUAUGGAGUUGUUUAUCAGAAUGGUGGAGGAGGGCAUGGAGUUGACCAAUUUCUCUUUGAGUAUUGGGAUUAAUGCUUGUAGUUUGCUUGCUGAUUACAGGGUUAGCAAGCAGAUGCAUGGAUUUGCCAUCAAGUUUGGGUUCGGAUCAAAUGUUCAUGUUGAAGGGGCUUUGCUUGACAUGUACACAAAGUGUGGGAGGAUGGUAGAUGCUAAGAAGAUGUUUGGCAUGUGGGAAGAAUCGGAGGAAGUUAGCUCUGUGGCUUGGACUUCCAUGAUGUGUGGCUAUGCUCGAAACGGGCAACUGGAUGAGGCGAUUUCUGUUUUCCAUCGUGGUCACUCUGAAGGGAAAUUGAUUAUGGAUGAAGUGGCAUUAACUUCUAUGCUUGAUCUUUGUGGAACCAUUGGCUAUCAUGAUAUGGGAAAGCAAAUCCAUUGUCAAGUUCUUAAAUUUGGCUUUCAUUCUAAUGCGCAAGUUGGAAAUGUUGUUGUUAGUAUGUAUUUUAAAUGUGGGAAUGUAGAUGAUGCAAUUAAGAUGAUCAGUGGCAUGUCCUCUACCGAUAUAGUUUCAUGGAAUACUUUGAUUUCUGGAUAUCUUAUGCACAGACAGGGUGAUAGAGCAUUGGAAAUAUGGUUGAAAAUGCAGGAAGAGGGCAUAAAGCCUGAUGAAGCUACAUUCGUUUUGAUAAUUUCAGCCUACAGGCAAACUAACUUGAAUUUGGUUGAUGAUUGUCGUAGGUUGUUUAAUUCAAUGAGAACUGUUUAUCAAAUUGAGCCAACAUCUCAGCAUUAUUCAUCCUUCAUAAGUGUUUUGGGUCAUUGGGGUCUUUUGGAAGAGGCACUAGAAACCAUCGAUAAGAUGCCUUUUAAACCUUCUAGUUUUGUUUGGCGCGCUUUGCUUGACGGUUGCAGACUCCAUAAGAAUACAGCGAUUGGAAAAUGGGCUGCCAAGAAUAUUCUUGCCAUAGAACCUAAAGAUCCAUCUACUUAUAUACUUGUUUCAAAUUUGUAUUCAUCUUUUGGGAGAUGGGAUUGCUCUGAGAUGACUAGGCAAAAUAUGAGAGAAAAGGGAUUUCGCAAAUUCCCGGCUCAAAGUUGGAUCAUUUGUCAGAAGAAAAGACAUUCAUUCUAUGCAAGAGAUAGAUCUCAUCCGCAAGACAAAGACAUAUAUAGUGGGUUGGAGAUUCUAAUGUUAGAGUGCCUAAAAGUUGGAUAUAAACCUGACACGAGCUUUGUUCUCCACGAAGUGGAGGAGCAUCAUAAGGAAAAUUUUCUAUUCUAUCACAGUUCAAAACUAGCAGCAACUUAUGGACUAUUGACGACAAAGCCAGGGAAGCCCAUUCGGAUUGUAAAGAACAUCCUUCUUUGUGGAGACUGCCAUACAUUCUUGAAAUAUGUCUCUAUUGUCACUAAGAGGGAUAUUAUUCUAAGAGAUUCUUCUGGAUUUCACUGUUUCACUGAUGGUCAGUGCUCUUGUAAAGACCUAUGGUGAGACACAGGUAAAGCUGGCUGAUCUACUGGUCAUCCACUCAUCCUUAUUCAUAUUAAUGAUGUAUGUAGUUGAAUUUUCAACCUUUUUGUAUAAAAAAAAUUUCUUAGGUAUUACUGCGAAUUUUAUGGCACCAAAACACCAAUUAAGAGAAGACAGGUGCUCCUUUCAAAUGCUUUCCUAAAAGAUUUAGGAAUGAGUUUGUAUUUUUAUCAUUUUUACUGUAAAAUCAUGUCUUCCAUAUUAGUUGCUAAGAUGUAAUUGUAGUAUCUCCGUCUAAAAAGGGAUGGAGGUAGUAUAUGUUUUCAUAGAACAUGAAUGAAGCAUAUACCUCCUGUAAGAUACUCUAUAUCUAUAGUGAAGGAAUUCUGAAAUCCACCAUCAAUAAUAGUAAUACUUUAUUUUCCUGUAAGUUAUUUAUUAUUUAGGUCUAUGAUUAAGAAGCUGUUUUUUUUUAAAAUAAAAUAAAUUUAAUUCAGAAUUUACUG